AUGGCGCCCAUACGCCGUUACCUCAGAAUCACAAAAUACUCCGUCCUGGAGUGCAGGAUAUACUUGGACAGCCCCGCGCUGGCACAGUCAUGGCUCCUCAACCCUCGCGAUCCAAUUCUUCCAAAGGUCAUCGAAGCUAUCCGACCGCUCGUAAUACCAAAGCUGCGUGAAGAAAAGGAGAGGAGCAAGAAGAAGAGCACCAAGAAGAAGACAAUCAAAGACGUCAUAUCGGCAGAUGACUUUGAGGUGUCUGUUUUCUUGAUGGAAACGGACACGCGACACUCCCUGCUCUCAAAGCACAAGCUCUUUCGCGAAAAGGGCCCAUCCGCAAUACAGUCCAACGCAUCAAGGCUCAUCGCAGAGACAAACGCGAACCCAAUCGACGUAGAGGCGAGCGACUUUGCGCCAAUCCGCAUCGAGGAGGACAGUGACAACGAAGGGGUGGCGCUCAGCGAUAUCCCGUCUGCCAACACUCGCAGGCAAGCAAAGCGUCAAAGGAGCAACACCAUUGAGGACGACGACGACGACGACAACAAUGCCGAUUUCGAGGACGCCGCGGAGGACUCCGAUUCGAACGAAGGUCCUGCUGGUCUUCAACCUUUGCCAAAACGCCAGAGGGGCCUCGUGAACCCGCUAGCAGAGCCAGAGGGUGGCUUCGACGAUGAAGACGACUACAAGAAGAAGCUCGCAAUGGACGUGUCAUAUGAGGGCUUUGCGAUUUACGGACGCGUGCUAUGCCUGGUCGUGAAGAAGAGGGAGAACAAGCCGCAGCAAGCCCUCGGAGGUCAGGCCAAGAUGGAGAACUGGAUCACGUCAACACAGAUACCGGUUGGCGAAGAGGCUUCAUGA